CUUUUAGGGUGUGGCUCUCCCUUGUGCUGUAUCAAUGGUAUCAGAGCAUGGCAGCUGAUCGUCCUAUGGAUCCUCAAUCCUCGUUGCAUGAAACAGAUGAUGUGGUCACCGCAAUCCAACACCUUGCUCUUGAGAUUCGGAACACACGGCAGGAAUACAAGGAGGUUUCUCAACGAGUGGAGCAAGUUUACUCGCUCUUGGAGUCCAAACCCUGGGAAACCGCGUCGGGCAAAGGCAUACUGGGCACCCCUCCGCCUACCGGCCGUCGGCCGGUCAUACCACAUCUCGUGCAUGAGUCGUUCGAACGUUCUACGUCCCCUGAUCAUCAUCGGCCAAAGGUGCGAUUGGAUGCUCCCAAGUUUAAUGGCACAGAUCCGGGUGGGUGGAUCUAUCGGGUUCAAUCUUACUUUGAUUACUUUGAAACCCCGGAGGACACGCGGUUGCGCCUGGUGGGGCUGUUAUUUGAGAGUCCCGCGUCGGAAUGGUUCUUGUAUCAGCAUAACAACAAUUGUUUGCAGUCUUGGGGCGAUUUCUUGACGGCCGUCAAGGAACGCUUUGAUCCAAACCAUUAUGAAGAUUAUUUGGGUCUUCUUUCUAAAUUGCAGCAGCGUACCACAGUUUUGGCAUAUCAGACGGAGUUCGAGCGGGGGUUGAAUAAGGUCAGUGGGGUUUCCGAAGCAACCUUGGUUUCUAUUUUUAUCUCCGGCUUGAAGGCCCCUCUACGUCGUGAGGUUACCUUGCGCGGGCCUACCACGCUCGGUCAGACGUUCGCCUUGGCCCGGGAACUGGCCACAAACUACAUGGAUACUAUCUCAUCUCUUGCCGGCGGCAUACGACGCACGGUCACACGCCCCUCCGUGCAUGCACUGCCCAUUCGUCGCUUAACCCCUACGGAGCGCGAGGAGCGUUCGGCGAAAGGGCUGUGUUGGAAUUGCGACGAGAAGUACGUUCCUGGCCACCGUUGUAAACACCGUUUCCUUGCAUUAUUGGGUACUGAUGAUGAUGAAGUCGUUUCAGCCUUGGACAGUGAUGUCCCUGUGGUGACCGCGGAUGUGUCCAGCCUCCAUACUAUGGCCGGCGCCAACCAUCCUCGUGCUUUAAAUUUGUUGGGGUCAAUUGCCGGUUAUUCGGUCCGUGUUUUGGUGGACGGGGGAAGUACACAUAACUUCAUCCACCCUCAUGUGGUUGAACGCCUUCGGUUACCAAUCACACCUGUCCGUUCCUUUCGGGUGUACGUGGGGAAUGGGGAGUCCUUGCCAUGCGACCAGCAGUGUUCACAAGUUCAGUUGCUGAUUCAAGGGUGUUCCAUUCCCGUGGAUCUUUAUGUUCUUAAAAUCCAUGGCCCGGACGUUGUUCUUGGCGUCCAAUGGUUGCAGGGCCUUGGGAAGAUCGCCCAAGAUUACGGGGCGUUGACGAUGGAGUUUCACAUGGGCGACAAAAGGGUGCUUUUGCAAGGAAUGGACCAGGCUCCUCGGGCAGUUUCACUUCACACGCUCCAGGCCUUAUACUCCAGCGGGUCUGUUUCGGCCGGAUAUGAGGUAUACUUGAUGCAUGCAGAGGCAGUUACAUCGGCUUCAGUGCUGGACCAGCUACCAUCGGACCUUCCUCCCUCGAUCCGCCAGCACGAGAACAACACCAUGCCAGACCUUCAACAACACCAUGCCGCGGCUGCCGAAGGAACUUUAACAGCGCCGUACUCCAUCCAUGGCGGGCUGGUGUAUUANCCAAGUGCUGGCCACCCCGGCGUUGAUCGCACGUUUCGGCGUCUCGCCGAAGUCUUCCACUGGCCGGGAAUGCGGAAGGAUGUCCGACAGUUUGUUCGGGCGUGUGUGACCUGCCAAGCCACGAAGGCCUCAACGCAGAAGAGUGGGGGGCUGCUUCAACCGUUACCGGUACCCGUUCAUGUCUGGGAUGAUAUCACUAUGGACUUCAUCGUUGGUCUUCCCCCCUCUCGUGGAUACACCACUGUGAUGGUUGUUGUGGAUAGGCUUUCCAAAUACAGUCACUUUGGGGCCUUGCCAGCGGUGUUUGAUGCGCCGAAAGCAGCAACGUUAUUUGUUGAUUUGAUUGUACGGCUUCAUGGACUUCCUAAAUCGAUCAUCUCCGAUCGUGACCCCGUAUUUAUGAGCAACUUCUGGACAUCCCUUUUCACUUUGAGUGGCACCACAUUGAAGCGUAAACUGGCGUUGAACAGUACAUACCAUGAAGGCAUCAAAAUGUCUCCAUUCAAGGCCUUGUAUGGCCGUGACCCACCACCCCUACUGCCGUACACUACAGGCUCGAGCAACGUGCAGAAGGUGGACGAUUUGUUAACGGAGCGACGGGAACUCCUUCGGAUGCUCAAACAGAAUUUAAUCAGUAUGCAGCAACGCAUGUGUGUGGCGGCUAAUAAACACCGCCGGGAGGUCACAUUCUCUGUCGGCGAUCGUGUUUUGCUCCGUUUGCAACCCCACAGGCAGUUCUCCGUGUCCAAGCCGCUGUCUGCCAAGUUAGGUCGCCGUUACUAUGGGCCCUUCGAGAUUUUGGAGCGCAUAGGACCUGUUGCGUACAAAUUGAGACUGCCGGAGGGUGCUCGCGUCCAUGAUACCUUCCACGUGUCCCUUCUUCGGCCGUUCAUCGACGGAGGUUCUCCACUGCCUGUGCAUCCGUUACCCACUGCUUUCCAUGAGGGGGCACCCAUUUCCACCCCUGUUCGGGCCGUUAAGACACGUACUAUACUUGUUCGGGGGGAACCACAGGAGCAAUGGUUGGUCGAGUGGUCGGACGGAGAUUUGAGUAACGCUUCCUGGGAACCCGUUGGAACACUCAUGCAGCGGUACCCGAGUUUGGUCCUUGAGGACAAGGACGUUCUUGGAGCGGCAGACAUAGUGCUUCGUGGAUAUACCCAUUGGAACUCGCGACAUGCUCUUCAAGUUUUGCAUGAAAUUUUUCCAAAGAAUGCAGAUGUACAACCUUCUUUGGUGAUUGUUUAUUUUGGUGGCAAUGAUUCAAAACGACCUGGCCUUAACGAGCAUGUCCCGCUUUCUGAAUAUGUUGAAAAUAUGAGAAAGAUUGCUUCUCAUCUCAAGAGCCUGUCAAACAAGACACGGAUAAUCUUUUUAACCUGCCCUCCCGUGAACGAGGCACAAAUUCUUGAAGUUUUUGGUGACAUUGGCCGAUCAAACAAGUUGAGCCAAAAAUAUUCAGACGCUUGUGUGGACUUGUGCAAAGAGUUUGAUGACGUGAAGGCAAUAGAUUUAUGGACAGCACUUCAGCAAAAGGAGGAUUGGCUGACUACUUGCUUUACGGAUGGAAUCCAUUUAACCUCAGAGGGAAGCAAGAUUGUGGUGAAGGAAAUACUGAAGGUGCUGAAGGAGGCUGAAUGGGAACCCAGUCUGCAUUGGAAGUCAUUACCCACUGAAUUUUCUGAAGUCUUCCCAACCAUCGUUUCGGUUCGGGAUGGGACAACUGCAAACGUCUCCGACUUUGUAUUCAAGUGGCAAACACAGUGGGAUUAGAUGGUUUAUGCUCAACUACCCAUAUGGUUCAGAAUUGCUCAUUCUGGAAACCUUGUAAUUAUGCACUGCAAUUUAACUCCCUUUUGAAAACUCAACCAAUCUGCUGUAGUUUGGGAGGCUUCUUUUGUAACCAAUCCCUUUUGACAAAAUAAAAUAUACUUGUCACU